CUGCUGCUUUAGCUCGAGUCAUCUCCCUGCGCCUGACCGCUUAUGACUGAGUUCGGGGGCCUCGUCGUGAAAGGUGCGGGCGAGGCCGACCGGACCAAUCCUCCUUUCUCCGCGUCCUCUGAGAGCCUGGCACCUCCUCCUCUCUGACGGGGUGUCCCGGGGGCGGCGCUCGCCCAAGGUCUCCACGGCCGCCAGCGUACGCAUUUUACAUGGGGGAAACUGAGGCUGGGAACGGGUCCGUCCACCAAAAUCACCCACCCAGGCUGGGGAGGCGCUGGAGGUCGCCUGCCCCUCGGUCCUCGGCGUCCGCGAUGGCGGCGGCGCAGGUGGCUGUGACCUUCGAAGAUGUGGUUAUAAGAUUCAAUCAGGAGGAAUGGGAUCAGCUGGACCUUUCCAAGAGGACCUUAUACUGGGAGGUGAUGCUGGAGACCUGUGGGCUUCUCAUAGCUGUGGGCUGUCCUUUGUCCAAGUCAGAGCUGCUUUCCCAGUUGGAGCACAGACAGGCAUUAAGGAAAGCCAAAGAUGACCUAUCCCAGAGCUUCUGUCCAGACAGUGCCCUGGCCCACCCUCCAGCUUGAUGAAUGAUAUAGAUGCUGAGUAUGACUUCAUAAAGGUCAAGUUCCUCCCCUCGAACAUGACACCUCUUCUGCAGCCUAUGGACUAGCAAGUGAUCUGUAACUUCAAGAAGUUGUACACAAAGGCACUCUUCACUGCAUAUUUUAAUGUAACUAAAGAGACAUCCUUGACUUUGAAAGAGUUCUGGAAGAAGCAUUUCAAAGUUCUGGAAGAAGCAUGUCUUCCAUUGCAUCAUCCUCAUUUUCAAAGCCUGGAAAGAUGUCAUAUACCAAACCUUAAACUCAACCUAGAGGAAACUGGCUAUACUAUGUCACUGAAUGUUAAUUUGAAGGGUCUGAUGCACAGGUAGUGGAGGGGAUUGUAUCCAUGGGCAAGAGUAUGGGUCUGGACAUCGGUUGUGCAGACAUAGAGGAGCUUGUUGAGGACCACAAGGAGGAGUGGAUGACAGAAGAACUUGUUGAACUCCAGAGUGAGCAGCCAAAGGCGUUUGAGGAGCACUCCACUGAGGAAGAGGAAGACAUGCAGGAGUUUAGCAGUGAUUUGAUAAAAUCCAUUAUGGAAAAAUGGAAUUAGUGCCAGGAUUUCUUUGAGAAGCAUGACUCCAAGAUAACUGUAAUGAACAGUGUUGAAUAUGAUGUACAAUAACAUGAUCUCUCAUUUCCAGAGGGUUGUGCAGCACAGAAAAAAAAAAACAAGUGAAAUUAGAUUUUUCAUCAAAAUUGACCUUGCAGCUAAGAGAUAAAGAAGAGAGGAAGCCCCUGAAAGAGAUCUCCUCAUUAUCUAUAUGGAGGGAUACUCUCCCUCCAAACAAUAACCUCUUCCCCACCCACCUUUCUGUCCACACCAGAAGUUGCCCCACGCAAGGUAACAGCACAAAACUUAACAGCAUGAAACCCACUCUUGCUUACCAGUCCUGGCCUGAGGGAGCCUUGGUUCAUGAUCAUCAGACAGAAGGAGCCUCUGGGGACUUCCUGUUGGGUCCGCACCAGGGUCAGGAUGAGCCCUGUGAAGUGCAGAAAAGACUUAGACCAGGGAUGGAGGCCCCAAGGGAGAAGCUUCCUGGGAAUAGAAGCCCUGGACAUGAUGGCAUGGGAUCAGCUGAUAGUGUGUGUUCAAGGUCUGUGCAGGAGCACAUCUCUCCAGACCCAGCUACCUGUAUCUGUGAUUCUAAUAUGCCAGCUGCAGAUCCCUCGAUCCGUGAAGGAGAAAAUUCCUACAAAUGCAAGGAAUGUGGGAAAGUGUUUAAGAAUGAACGCUUACUUAUUCAACAUAAGUGGAUUCACACAGGAGUGAAGCGCUACGAAUGUACAGAGUGUGGAAAGACCUUCCGCAAGAGCACUCACCUCCUCCAGCACCAUAUUGUCCAUACCAGGGAGAGGCCGUAUAUGUGCUUGGAGUGUGACAAAGCCUUUAGCCGGAAAUCAUAUCUUACUCAGCACCAACGUACGCACAGUGGAGAGAAGCCUUAUAAGUGCAGUGAAUGUGGACAGGCCUUUGCCCAUCGCUCUACAUUUGUUUUGCAUAACAGAAUGCACACUGGAGAAAAACCUUUUGUGUGCAAAGAGUGUGGCAAAGCCUUUCGAGAUAGACGAGCUUUCAAUCGUCACAACAUCUUCCACACGGGAGAGAAGCCCUAUCAGUGCUCAGAGUGUGGCAAGGCCUUCAACCAACGGUCUUACCUCACGUGGCACCAACAGACUCACAAGGGAGUGAAACCUUUCCAAUGCAAUGAGUGUGGGAGAGGAUUCUGUGAGAUUGCAGGCCUCAUUCACCAUUAUGUCAUCCACACUGGGGAGAAGCCCUAUAAGUGUGUGGAGUGCGGGAAGGCCUUCCUCCGUGAGCCACACCUCAAGCAGCACCAGCGCAUCCACACUGGGGAGAAGCCGUAUGUGUGCAGUGAGUGUGGAAAGGCAUUCGCCCACUAUUCUACUUUGACCUUGCACAGAAGGGCUCACACUGGAGAAAAACCCUUCGAGUGCAAAGAGUGUGGGAAAGCCUUUACCAAUCGGAAAGACCUCAUCCGCCAUGUCAGCAUCCACACGGGAGAGAAGCCUUAUGAGUGCAUGGAAUGUGGGAAGGCCUUCAACCGCAGGUCACACCUGAUAAGGCACCAUCGGAUUCACAAUGAGGAGAAGCCCUACAAAUGCAUGGAGUGUGGGAAAACCUUUUCACGGAGUACAAACCUCAUUCAGCACUCCAACAUUCACACUGGAGAUAAGCCCUAUAAAUGCAAUGAAUGUGGAAAGGCCUUCAGCCUCAGCUCCUCCCUCCGGUACCAUCAAAGGAUGCACACAGGGAAAAUCGCAGCUAGCGUCAGAGAUGAGGGAAAGCCUUUCACAAGUGUGCAAGCCUCUGUCAACAUUGAAGGACUCAUAUUGGGGAAAAAUUUUCUUCACAUAACCACUGACGAACAUCAGUGUUCAAGGGAAUCAUCUAACACAGACUCUGGUCAUUCAUACCACAGAGAAACUGGGUUAGUGGCAUCUCUAUUAAAAAAAUGUAAAUAAUCAUUUAUUGUCUAGAGUCAUGUUUGAAAAUGACCCAGUCCACAGUCUUCUACAUCUGAGUAUUUACCCGUGAGAAUUCAAUGGCCAUUGUGCUCUUAGGAAAGGCCUCAGCCACAUAUUUCUAGUAUAUGCUGAAAUGUUAUAUGAAGGAUAGUUUUGUUUGUUUGCCUGUUUUGUGUUACUAGGGGAUGGAACCCAGAGGCUGUGCACAACUACAUUCCACCCCACCUUGGCCCCCUUUUUUUGAGACAGGAUCAUGCUAAGUCAAUAAGUUGCCCAGGGUAGACUCGAAAUUUGAUUCUCCUGCCUCAGCCUCUCAGGGUGCUGGGAUUAUAGGUGUAUGCCACCUUGCCCGCUCCUUCUCAAAGUUUUAUACUUUACCUUUUCCACUUAAAACUCUGAUCCAUGUUAAGGUAAUUUUUGUAUUAUCCAAGGAUUAGAUUCAAUUAAUUUCUUUUGUUGAGGAAUACAGACAUUCUUCAUUUAAUGACAAUUCCGUUCCUCCAUCUAGGUUGUUAAAUUAACUGGUUGCUAAAUGAAGAAUUGUAUAUAGUAUGUACAAUGCUCAGAACAAAGAAGUGGUCAAAGGAAACUCCAACUUGAUGACUGCUUUUAUUUGCAUAACUCUUACAUGUAAUGUGUAACAACAUAAAAUACAGUACCAUAUAAUACAAUCAGCAAAAGUUAGAAUACUGUAUAAACAAAGUAUACUGUACAAAAAAAGACAUUGAGGCUCUAUCAACAAAAUUACAGAGCUGUACCCCCCCAAAUGGAUGAGUUGUAAGUCCAGAUAACACCUCCAUCAUAAGUCUGGACAUUCAUUAAACAAUAUUUAUAUUCAUUUGUUCUAGCACCAUUCUAAAGACUCCUAACUAUGAACUUGCUUUUAUGACUUAGUCAUAAAUCAACUGGGCAUAUUCACAUUGGUCUGUUUCUGUGCUCUCUGUUAAUUAUCUGGUUUUGUAAUUGUUUUAUUGGCAGAGAUCCAAAACCUCUGUCAGUACCAUACUAUCCUUUUUGUCUUUUUCUUUCAGGUUUUUGAGACAGGAUCUCACUAUAUACUUCAGGCUGGACUUGAACUCACUUUGUAGCCCAGGCUGGCCUCAAACUCAGGGCAAUCCUCCUGCCUCACCCUCCUGAGUGCUAAAAUUACAGAUACCUUGUUUUGUUAUAGCUAUCUACUUAAUUUUCAAAUAUGUAAAGUGAUUCUACCCUCUUCUGGUAAAAAUUGUUUUAGAUAUCAAUUUUAUUGAUCUGACUUUAAAUUUAUGUAUUUAGAAAGCAUCUUUCAGUUAUUUUUGUAGAAAUUGCCUUAAAAUUAUAUAGAUUAUUUUGGUGAUGUUUUGUAUGUUGAGCCUUCCAGUCCAUGAAUUUGUUUUUUUCUCUAAAUCCCCUUUUUUUUCAUAAAUGUUUGGUAAUUUUCAGGUAAUAAAUCCUGGGUAUUUUAUUUUAUUGGGGGGGGUGCAGUAUUGGGAUUGAAUCCUGGGUUUAGUUGUGCUAGGUAGAUGCUCCAUCACUGAGAUUCACCCACGCCAUUUCUUAAUUUAUUUUGAGACAGGAUCUCACUAAAUUGCCCCGAUUGGCCUAGAACUUGUGAUCUUUCUGCUUUCACAGCAUUCACAGUAGCUGGAAUUACAGGUGUGUCCCAUCAAUUUUGUUGUUGUUGACACCUUUGUGGGACCAUUUUAUGUGACACUGAGGGGUUCUUUUGGGGGGGUGGUUUUAAAAGUUUUUCUGAUUUAAGACAUGGGGCCUCUGUGUUUCCCCUUUAACUCCUGGUCUCAAGGGAUCCUCCUGCCUUAGUCUCCUGAAUAGCUUGGAUGAUAAAUACUAUCUUAGCUAGGUUCAUACUAAAUUUUUAAUUUCUUUCAUAUGAUCAUUGGUGUUAGAGUGAAGUACAAUUAUUUUUUAAAUGCUGAUCUUGAAUAUGACUUUCCAGAGUUUUUUUGUUUGUUUUUUGGGUUACUGGGGAUGAACUCAGGACCUUGUGCUUGCAAGGCAGGCGCAGCACCACUGAGCUAAAUCCCCAGCCUUGUCAGUAAUUUUUAUACAUUCCUGAGGAUUCUCUUCAUAAAAUUAACGAACAAUGAACCAGUUUCUCAUAUGUAUUCCUUUUAUUUACUUUUCUUCUGUUAUAGUAUAGGAUCUUCCAUGAUGUUGAAUAAAAUGAUAAAAGUAGAUAUACUUACCAUGUAAUUAGUGUUUGUAGAAAACAUUCAAUGUUGAGCACUACAUGUCAUAGCUAUAUGGUUUCACAUAGAUGCUCUUUAUCUAGUUUAGAAAUUUUCCCCAGGUGUUGAGGCUUUUGUUAAGAAUGAGUGUUUCAAUUAUUUAGCCUGUCUCCCUGUAACCUGCUGUAAUAUGCUUUGCUUUGACUGAACUAUUAAUGUUAAUACAGCCUUGUAUCCCUCCAAUAAAUUUCCCCCAAUUUGGUUGA